AUGGCGGCAGAAGUGACGGGAGUGCUGAUCAGAUCCGUUGUCGCUGUUAUCUUGUCGUCCCUGAUCACGCUUAGGGCUGUAAGGCGCAAGUCUCUGGAUCGCUCCGGAGCCGCGGCAGGUUUCGUAGUCUUGGCGAUUCACAUUGCCGCAGGGUACAGGUACACAUUUGCCCUUUUUUGCCGCUGGUGGAUAGUUUGUGUGCUUCUCCACUAUUCGUCACGUCCUUGAAUUCGAGAGCACAGGCAGUUUCUGGGAAUUUCGCUUGUACCGUGGCAGUGAUCCAUGUUUUUGCCGAUUGAAGGUUCGGCGCGCUUAUUUUGGCUUUCUUUUUUACCUCUUCACAAGCGACGAGAUUGGGGACAGAGGUGAAGCGGAGGCUUGAAGAUGAUUUCAAGGAGGGAGGACAGCGGAAUUGGUGAGUGAGCUCAUUAGCCUUGGGUUUCCUUUUUUCCAACGAAUUUACUGUCGAACAUUAAGUGGUAUACUUGGUUAAAUUUUCUCCUUAAUUGUGGAUCGAGCAAGUCUAGGUAUGCAAAUAAUAAGUUUCCACUUGGCCAGAGUGAUUUUGACCUUGACUCAUGAAAAUGAACAGAGUACCACCUUUAUUUCAGAUUAAAUAUCAGGAAAUUCCUUUCGCUUUCUGGCUGCGCCCAAAAUUUUUUUCUUGGAAUUAAUUUUUUUCAUACAGCAUCAGAUGCCAGCUCUCUAUGUGUGGAAUGACCACACGUCAAGCACAACGCGUGCUCUCUUAACAGGAUACCAUUGACAUACAUUUCCUUAGACUCCAACUAGGAUCCUUAUGGUUAAUCACAUAUUAAUGGAGCGUUCAAUAUUGUGUGGUACCUAAUGCCGAGAUUUAAUUGUUUACUUUUUAUAUCGAGCUCUGCCAGGGAUCUUGCUAUCAUUGUAUUUUAGUUUCUCUAAGAUGAGAAUAUUGAUGUCUUUAUCCAUAGGGUACAGGUUUUGGCUAACAGCACGAUUGCGACAUUCUUGGUGUUGAUAGUUGGAACAUUGACUCAUUGGCAAGCUUCCUGUUUAGAUGCGAGAGAGUCGAGGACAGUAACUGGUCUAGUUGGCGGCAUUAUUGGACACUAUGCCUGUUGCAACGGAGAUACAUGGUCUUCAGAACUCGGGAUUCUUAGUAACGCCCAGCCUCGGUUGAUUACGACCUUCAAGGUGAUAAAUUUUCUUCUGAGGCAUUGUAUCUUUCUAGUUAUAUUUAAGCUUCUUGUCGUCAGGGAAAAGAAUUAGGUUAAUGAAGAAAAUCAUAGAAUCUGUUUCCCUUCCUCAUUAUAUUCAUAUUUAUAAUGUAAUUACAUCUGACUUAUUUUAUUUCUCUCGAAUGCUUCUGCCCGUUUCAUUUAUUGUUUCUUCCUAUGAUUCAACAAACGAAAAUCUCAUGUUCUAAAAUAAAUAAAUUAGUUAAUGGUUAAUGGUACCACUUCCUUGUAAAUGUGUGAUUUACAUAGAUCCUUGGUUCGCAAGUCAUUCCAGGACAACGAUUAAUCAAAUAAUGGGAUCUCAAUUGUGGUUGUGAGAAUCCUGCGCUACCCACUGUUUAAACUAUUCGAUGGUGCGUGAUUUAUGUCUGCAUGAAUAUUCUCACUGAUUACAAUUUACAAACUGCGGUCCUGUUAUGCCAGAGAAGUCAAGCCCCUCCAAAAUCUUCAAUUCCCAAAAUCCUCAAACAUUCAAACGACAUCCCAGACAUGCCUCGCAUUACUUUUCAUCAACUGGAAUAAGAUAAUAUGGGUAUAUACCACUAUUAAAAUUUCAUCAAACAUUUAAAUAGGAGCUGUGAUUAAUUGAUAAAACUACGUCAAACCCAAGAGUAUAAAUUAAAAGAAUUGACUGCAUAGACUGUGAAUUUAAUAAAUUUAUGAUGAAGUUGAAACAAUUUUUUUAGGGCACAGUGGUAUGAUCCCAGGCCAAUAUAUAACCAGUUUAGGCAUCUAACUGGGAACCCAAAUAUCUCCUUUUAGAAUUUGGGUUUGCCAGUUGCCACCUAAUCCUGCGAACAUGUCCUCUCUUUUGGCCCCGUUCAUCUUGAUUUCACGCGAAGAUUUGCUCGUCAAUUCUAUGGUUUGAUACCGAUGAAAGCCUCAGUAACCGAUUAUCAUUCUUCACCGCAAUCAGAAAGUUCAAAGAGGUACGAAUGGUGGAGUUACAUUACAGGGACUCUUUGCGGCUGCAGUAGGCGGUGGAAUCAUUGGUCUUGCCUACGUCGUUACUGGAUUUCUAACCGCCAGAUGCUCGAGUGAAGCACUUCUGCGGCAACUCCUGGUGAUACCUGUUGCCACGGCCGCUGGUCUAUCUGGAAGUGUAAUCGACUCCUUGUUGGGUGCAACGCUCCAGUUCAGUGGGUUUUGCAGCAUUCGUCAGAAGGUACUUCAUUCUCCACCAUUUGGAUUUUUUUUGUCUAUUUUGGUAUUCAGUCUACCCUCUUCGUUUACAUAUGCCUCCUCGUGUUCGAUUUUGUGUUUCAUUGAUCGGCACGAGCCAUCACUAAACAGGGGAUGGCAAAUUUUCCCGGACUUUUUUCUGGAAAAAAAGAAGAAAAAAAGUUAGGAUUUUACUGUCUCUUUCCACCUAAAAGCUAUAUUUCAACCUUUUAAUUUAUUUAUUUUUGCGUCACUUUGAGCCCUUGUCGAUUUCAUCGCACAGCGCAGGUUUCCAUGAAUCGGUUCUUUAGAGCUUCAAGUCUCUCUAAAACGAACCUGGACAUGGGUGGGUUCCUAGGAACUAUCCAAUAGAGCUCAGGGGGCAAUCUCUUCCGAUCAGCUCUAAAUUUUAAUUAUUGAUUUAUUUUUGCCGUCUUUGUGAAGGUGGUGGGGAGACCCGGGCCCUCUGUGAAAAGGAUCUCGGGCAUGAGCAUACUGGACAACGACGCCGUGAACUUCGUCUCCGUGCUCCUGACCACAUUCCUCACUUCCGUCGCGUGCCUCUACGUCUUCUAA